AAGCAUACUCAUCAACUAAUUAAAUCAUACUAUCAAAACUAACUAAGUUCAAUUCAAGAGUACUUAAUUAUAAACAUGAAAGGAAAUCCAAUUUUAUUGAUAUUAGUGUUUUACUCACUCUUCCUUCUUCUUGGAGAGUCAAGGUCAUACUUAGCUAAUAAAUCAAAGAAUGAAAAUCAAAUUUAUAUUGUGUAUAUGGGAGCUACGGAUUCAAUAGAUGGUUCCCUUCGUAAAGAUCAUGCCUAUGUUUUAAGCACAGUGUUAAGAAGGAAUGAAAAAGCUCUAGUACACAACUAUAAAUACGGAUUCUCAGGCUUCGCAGCCCGCUUAUCAAAAAAUGAAGUAAAUUUAGUUGCUCAACAACCUGGAGUUGUGUCUGUGUUUCCGGAUCCCAUCCUAAAGCUUUACACAACACGUUCUUGGGAUUUUCUCGACUUGCAAACUAAUGCCGAAACUAACAAUACACUCUUCAAUUCUACUUCUUCAUCAUCAAACGUUGUAAUCGGCAUGUUAGACUCAGGUAUAUGGCCAGAAGCAGCAAGUUUUUCAGACAAGGGAAUGGGUCCUAUUCCACCCGGUUGGAAAGGCACAUGCAUGGCCUCAAAAGAUUUCAACUCAUCCAACUGUAACAGGAAGAUAAUAGGAGCAAGAUAUUACCGCCUUGAUGAGGAUGAUGAUAAUGUGCCGGGCACAACAAGGGAUAAGGAUGGUCAUGGAACCCACACAGCAUCGACCGCGGCUGGGAAUGUUGUGAGUGGUGCAUCAUACUUUGGUCUUGCGGCAGGGACGACAAAAGGCGGGUCCCCUGAAUCGAGGUUGGCAAUUUACAAAGUGUGCAAUAUGUUUUGCUCAGGCUCGGCCAUCCUUGCGGCAUUCGAUGAUGCAAUUUCUGAUGGAGUUGAUGUGCUUUCACUCUCUCUUGGUGGGGGUCCGGAUCCCGAACCUGACUUGAAAACCGACGUGAUUGCAAUAGGAGCGUUCCAUGCCGUGGAGCGCGGCAUCGUGGUGGUUUGCGCUGCCGGGAAUGCUGGACCGGAGAGAAGUACACUUACUAAUGAUGCUCCUUGGAUAUUAACCGUUGGUGCCACAACUAUUGACCGUGAAUUUCAGUCCAACGUUGUCUUGGGUAAUAAAGAAGUUAUCAAGGGUCAAGCCAUAAAUUAUUCCCCACUUUCAAAAUACGCCAAAUAUCCAUUGAUAACCGGAGAGUCUGCCAAAAAAACUACCGCUGACUUAGUUGAAGCAAGGCAAUGUCACCCAAAUUCAUUAAAUAAGAAAAAAGUCAAAGGAAAGAUUGUCAUUUGUGAUGGAAUAAGUGAUGAUGAUUACUCAACCAAUAACAAAAUUAAAACGGUGCAAGGGAUGGGUGGAUUAGGUCUUGUUCAUAUUACUGACCAGGAUGGAGCUAUGAUACGUAGUUAUGGAGACUUCCCAGCAACAGUGGUAAGAUCAAAAGAUGUUGCCACACUCCUCCAAUACGCCAAUUCAACAAGGAAUCCAGUAGCAACAAUUCUACCAACAGUUACGGUCAUAGAUUCUAAGCCUGCACCUAUGGCGGCAUUCUUUUCAAGUAAAGGCCCUUCGUAUCUUACAAAGAAUAUUCUUAAGCCCGAUAUCGCAGCACCAGGUGUUAACAUUCUUGCAGCAUGGACUGGAAAUGACACAGAAAAUGUUCCAAAAGGAAAAAAACCAUCACCAUAUAACAUUGAAUCAGGGACUUCCAUGGCAUGUCCACAUGUUUCAGGCCUUGCAGGAAGCAUCAAAUCUAGAAACCCUACUUGGAGUGCCUCCGCAAUUAGAUCAGCCAUCAUGACCUCAGCAACUCAAGUUAACAACUUGAAGGAUCCCAUUACAACAGAUUUAGGGUCGAUUGCCACACCUUAUGACUAUGGAGCAGGUGAAAUAACACCAACUGAAUCAUACCGACCAGGUCUUGUUUAUGAAACCAGCACCAUUGACUACUUGAACUUCUUGUGUUACAUAGGAUAUAACACAACAACUAUUAAGGUUAUUUCAAAAACUGUCCCUGAUAAUUUCAACUGCCCUAAGGAUUCGACUCGUGAUCAUAUUUCCAAUAUUAAUUACCCUUCCAUAGCAAUCUCCAACUUCACUGGGAUAGGAAGUGUGAAUGUAAGUAGAACUGUUACAAACGUCGGUGAAGAGGAUGAAACAGUCUACUCCGCCAUCGUUGAUGCUCCUAGUGGGGUGAAAGUCCAAUUGAUUCCAGAGAAACUCCAAUUUACAAAAAGUAGCAAUAGAAUAAGCUACCAAGUUAUCUUCUCCAAUUUAACCUCGCUAAAGGAAGAUCUAUUUGGAUCCAUUACAUGGAGAAAUGAUAAAUAUAGUGUUCGAAGUCCUUUUGUAAUAUCAUCUAUGUAACUAAAUGAAAA